CUUUUUCACACAAAAAGUCGAUUAAUCGAUUAGCCAAUCUCUAAUCGACUCUUAGAUCUCUAAUCAAAAUGUCUGACUUGAAUGAUGACCUACUAAAUUAUGAUAUAGGGGAUGUUAUAGACGAUCAAGUUCUAAUUGGAGCAGAUGAAGAUGAACUACUACUUUCGGAUGAAGAUCUCGAGAAAGACGUGUCAAAGGAGGAAAAACAGAAAAUAAAGUCAGAAGCGGAGGAAUGGGUCAAAUCACAAAUAAGCGAUAAGCCAAAAAAUUCUAUAGACGACCAAGAAGUAAAGAAAACAAAUGAGGUCGUCCCCAUCCAACAGAUUGUAUCGAAAGAACCCACUACCCCUAAGGAAAAUACACAAGAUGUGCAACUUGACCAUGAAGGAGAGUCCAAAGAAAAUGUGGAGGACUUACCGUCUACAACUACCCAAAAUGAGACUUCGAUGCCUGUUGAAGUUUCAUCGAGCUCAAACAGAGAUUUGGAUAUUGAGCAGUCUUCUACUGUUUCGAAUUCAACUGUUACUGGAGCAGCAAAUGACUCAUGUGCCUCCUCAGGUAUUUUGAGUUCUCAGGAAAGUGCAAGUGUUACACUGAGUCAUGGUGAUAUAUCAGAUCCUCGUGAAGAUUUCGAAGAGGAGCGCGAGGAGCGCACCAAUAUAAAAACAACAAGUGAGCGAGAAUCCUUUGAGCAAAACACAGAACAUUCCCCAGAAAAAACAAUGGGUCGUUUUGUUCCGCAUCAAAAAAGAAACGGCGCGCCGCUGAUACGAGGUCAUCCCCCGCGUGGUCCUUCUCCUCUUUUUCCCCGCCCUCCUUUGCGCUUUCCUCACCAUGGUAAUAUCUCCCUACUAUCGCCCGCACAUUUCACACCUUUGGGCGGCUUGGCCACAGUAACACUAACACACGCAACCACAAAUCCUCUUAUUCCAGGUCAACCAUUUCUACCACCACAACAACCCAACACAAAUCCCUUUGGUCCACAACAUCCAUCCAAUACAUUACACAAUCCAAACCAUGGUCCCAUACCGCCUCAAAACCUAGAUCAUCCCAAUCCCCAUCCGAGACCUCGUCAUCCAUUUGGGUUUCGUCCAGGGCCCAUGGGCGGAUUUCGCCAUCCAAAUCCGGCGAGUAUGUAUUCACAAGUACCACAUGAUUUCAAUCAAGGCCCUGCAGCUUUUAGUCAUCCAUUUGGGGGUGGACCUAGACUCUUCAGACCUGAAGGACCAAUGGGUGGUGUAGCGCCAAACAUGCGACCUGGUAUGCGAAUACAAAGACAGCCCUUACAAGCUUUGUCGCCUCACCCUAUGCCGGGGCAGGGAAACUUUAUGAAUCCAUCACCGCUGCAAAUUCGUCCACAACCUGUCCCAGGGCCACAACCGCCAUCAGUCGCUGGACAAGUUUCGGCCCCAGGCAAUCAGCAGCCACCUUCAAGUCAAAUGCCUGCCCAUCAAAAUCCCCCAUCUUCGCUAGCUCCUCGUAAAGUUCUUAUAAAUCCAAAUUUCAAGGGUGGCGUGGAAGCAGCUACCAGCAAGUUUAUACAAGAGACACAGUACAUGAACAUGAAUAGCACAUCAGUGGCACGGGUACAAAGUGAUGAAGAGCUUUUGCGACAGCAAGAAGAAUUUAUUAAUAAAAAUCGUGAGCACAUUGAAAAAAGACGGCAUGCCAGAGAGGCCUCACCAGUUCGCCGGUCGAGAACUCGGUCUCCUCGCAGUCGAUCACGUACAAGAUCUCGAAGUAUUUCACGGGAACGUAGUUAUACACCACCCAAGCGGCAAGCAAACGGUGGCCCAAAUCGUAAUGACCGCUUCGAUCGUGAACGCGACCGAGAGCGAGAGCGCGAUCGCAAUCGUGAUCGUCCUGGCAAUAGUGAUAAUAACAUUCGCAUGACGCGUGCUAAUAGUCGUGAUAGAGACGAGCGAGACAGGGAACGUAAUCGCCCUAUGGGUGGAUAUAAUAAUCGUCCAGGAGGCAUUGGUAGUGGUGGUGGUGGUGGUGGUGGUGGCGGGGGCUUAAGCGGCGGAAAUCGUUUCAGACGUGGCAAUAGUCGAGAUCGUGACUACCAAGGAAGUGGUAGUGGUGGAGGUAAUUACGGCAAACGUCGUCGCAGCAAAUCUCCCUCGCCCAGCAACAGAGGUGGUGGUGGAAACUUCGGCAGAGGUCGAUACAACAAUGAACGUGAUAAACCUGAGGUUGAUGAAGAUGAAGAAACCAGAGCAUAUCGUCUUCAAAUUGAAAAACAAAAGGCUUUGCGUGAACAAAUAAUGAGAGAUAAAGAAAUGAAACGGCGACGUGCUGCAGAGGAAAAACAAUACGAGGAUAAACGUGGUAACAGUGGACAACAAGGGCUGAAAGAUGAUCAAUCGCAGACACAGCAACAACAGCAGCAGCAACACCCGCCGCAAAAAUUUAAGGAAGUGAUUCCUGAGCGCAAAAUUAUAUCUCUCAAGAAGCGUCCGACCACUCAUAACGAUAAUUUUGUAGCCGACGAGCAUAUGAGCUCCCAUAGAAAGGCCAUACCCACAGCAAAAAUAUUACCCGAAGCUAAGAAGACACUUACCGAGCAUUUGACCAAUAAUGUCUCGGCCUCUUCGGGGGGUAGAGGCGAUCAUUCGAAUAGCCAUAACGCUAAUACGGCAGUAAUAAAGCCUGUCAUAAAAGAUACCUCUUCGUCAGCGACAGUUGCUGCCAUUAGACCUCAGCCACAAAAUAAUCAUCAUCAUCAACCUCCAAGGCGUUUGUCAUCGCGCUGUGAAGACGAAGUGCAGCUGGACUAUGACGAGGACGAUUUAUUGCUUGACGAAGAGGAUUUAUUAGCUUCCGAAUCCGAAGCAUCGCCACCCAGAGACAUAGGGGCGAAACAGCGUGCGGAAUCGCAUACACCUUCGCCUGAGCCAACUGCGAAAGCUCUAAGUCGAAGACCUUUACACACACGUGGUACUGGUGGCAGUGGCGGUGCUGGUGGUGGUGGUGGAACCUCGAAGCAUAGCUUAAGUUCCUCUAAUCGGAGAAUAGUUUUAAAAACAUCAUCAGGUAGUAGAGGCCACACCAAUCCGUCUGGAAAUAGUAGCAGCCGCAGGGUGAUUCUGGAUCGUUUGGAUGGGCGCAGCAGCAGGCAGCAGUCGCCGGCCCAUGGCGGAGACACAAAACGUAAACCGCAAAGGAUUAUUUUAAAGCAUGAUUAAAACAAAAAUCUACCAAAUGUUUUUCUUCAAACACUCUUCUAUUCCGCUAUUUUUUUUUAUAAUUCCCUGUACUCCUGAGAUAAAUAGUGUGAUGUAAGAGAAUACAUUUUGUCCCCCCACACACACCCACAGAUAUAACAUGUAGAAAUGUAUCCACCCCCUCCCUUUUGAGAUCGCUUGUAGUUUUCUCCUCUAAAUUUUAUUUUUAUAAUUUACUCUAUUAUUACUACUACUACUACUACUACUACUACCCAUUAUAUAACAAUAAUAUAAUAGAACAAAAGUUUAUGGACAAACUUUUCCUAAAAUUUACAAUUUACAACAUUAAACUAUAGUAGUGAUGGCCGGAGAUGAUAAAAAUUUACUAAAUGCAUAGCAAAGCCAAAAUAAGUACAUGACAUAUUUCUUUAUAUGCUAAACACAUUUCGAAAAUAAUAGCAUUGUUGCAUAAAAAACUAUUUUUUUUUCUUAUCAUUGUUUAAGCAGAAAUUUUGUUUAAAGCUAAUCUACAAAUUUAUAUCUAUUUUUUGUAAUAUUGACCUUUAUUUUUGAAUAUUGUAUUGGGAGAUAGAGAGUAAGAGGGAGAGUGAGAGGGGAAGAGAGAUUUCUCUUUCGCUGCUCCUCCAUCUCUAACUUAAAUCUCUCUAAGGUGAAUUGAAUCCAAUUUCGAUCCAAAAUAAAGGAUACAUGUGAAAGUUAAGUCCCCUAACCCCAUCCCCUUGAUGAAGAACGCAUUUUAAUUUCUACAUAUGUUAUUGUAUGUAAUGUUUUAUAAAUGAAUUUAUUUUAAAGUUUUUUUUUUUUUUGUUUUAAUUUUAUUUCAUACAUGAAAAUGUUUUUUGUUUUUAAUUUUAAAAUUAUAUUUUUUAAUCAAACUUUUAAUUUUAAAUGCCCUUUCAAUUAUUUUGACCACUUAGUUAUAUUUAUACAUACAUUUAGUUAUGACCAUUGACGACUAACCUGUAGAUCGUGGAAACCAAGGACAAUUGUAGUGCUAUGAUUAUCCUUGAAAAUUGUAUAUCUAUCCUUGCAACUGUUUACAUUUUAAGCAUUAAAUCAAUUAUUGUUUUUGUCUUUUACAAAGUAAGUCCCCUACACCCAAACUCACUUCAUCCAUACAAGCCCCCCGCCUGCCCGGGCAUAAUCGCUCGGGUGAAGUUAUGCUACUGAGUUGGCUUAAACUUUGCCUAAGCCUUCAUACUAAUGCAUAUGCAGACAUAUAAAAAUAAAACUUUUGACCAUAAUUUUUGACAAAAUAUUUCCAAAAAAAAAAUUAUUUUGUUUUGCUUCUCUACAUUUUUAUUGAUUAUUGUUAAAUUUGAAUUUAAGCUCUACCUUUUUGCUAUAAGAUCUCUAGCUAUAAGUUGUAGCUACUAAGUUAAGGUGACUAAAAACUAACACACACACACACACCCUUAUAUGUAAGUUAAAAAGAAAGAAAAGUAGAAAAAAAUGCCUGGAAUGCCGAAAGCAUUUUUAAUUAAGCACCCCCUUUCCUCCCUCUUUAUAUAUGCAUAAAUAAAAUGCUUUGACUUAA